CGGCCCGGCGGUGCUGGCGCCUUCAGCCGGCACGAUGUCGCCUUCGAAAGAAAAUGUCAGCUUACUCUUCAAGUUAUACUGCCUGACAGUGAUGACCCUGGUUGCUGCCACGUACACAGUCGCGUUGCGGUACACGAGGACGUUGGAGACAGAACUGUACUUCUCAACGACGGCUGUGUGCAUCACUGAAGUUAUCAAGCUGUUCUUGAGUGUGGGCAUCUUGGCUAAAUACUGAAGUACAGAUACAGGUGAGAACGUGGCUGGAGAGUCAUGCUGUGGAAGAGUAAUUUUAGAGCUGGUUAGAACUUGUGAGUCCUCCUCAACUGAAACUGCUUUGAGAACACCACAAUGUUCAGAGAAACUGGAAGUCUGGCAAGGUUAAUAACAUCUUUAAAAGAAAAUGUAUUUGGAAGUCCUACAGAAUUGCUAAAAUUAAGUGUUCCAUCCUUGGUGUAUGCUCUCCAAAACAACAUGGCAUUUGUGGCUCUUAGCAACUUGGAUGCAGCGGUUUACCAGGUGACAUACCAGCUGAAGAUCCCUUGUACAGCUUUAUGUACAGUCCUAAUGCUAAACCGUACCCUCAGUAAGCUGCAGUGGUUCUCUGUCUUCAUGCUGUGCGGUGGUGUUACCCUUGUUCAGUGGAAGCCCGCUCAGGCUACAAAAGUACAGGUGGAGCAGAAUCCAUGGCUAGGGUUUGGAGCGAUUGCUGUUGCUGUAUUAUGUUCAGGAUUUGCAGGAGUUUAUUUUGAGAAGGUCUUAAAGAGUUCAGAUACUUCCUUGUGGGUGAGGAAUAUUCAGAUGUACUUAUCUGGGAUUGUGGUGACUUUAUUUGGUGUGUACAUGUCAGAUGGAGCCCAAGUUCUUGAGAAAGGGUUUUUCUAUGGCUACACAUACUACGUCUGGUUUGUCAUCUUUCUCGCCAGUGUAGGUGGCCUCUACACUUCGGUCGUCGUGAAGUACACAGAUAACAUUAUGAAAGGCUUUUCUGCAGCAGCAGCCAUUGUUCUCUCUACUGUGGCAUCAGUCAUCCUCUUUGGCCUCCAGAUCACUGUUACCUUCUCCCUGGGUGCUCUCCUGGUGUGUAUUUCUAUUUACCUUCAUGGAUUACCUCGACAAGACACCACAAAACUCCAGCCAUCAGAGACUAAGAGCUCAAAAGAGAGACUUGCUACUGUGUGACAUUGUCCAUAAAAAUGGACAGAUAAGAGAAAAAAUGGACUUCAAAAGAACCUGCAUUUUUUAAAAAUUAGCCUUAAGCUAGUCAUGAAACUGUUUAAGUGGGAUAGACUAAAAGCGGAAGUUAGUUCUGUUUUACAUGUGAAGUUUCCAGUGGCUGAGGCUGCGUCACGGCUGAAGAGCUGGAUGGGUAUUUUACUGAAGGUUUUCUUCAUUCACGUCGGACAAUGAAGAGUCUCAUUUAGAAGGAAAGAAGAAUGAAGGAACUGAACACUCAAUUGUAUAUAAUGUAUAUAAUGGAGGGAAAUUGGUUCUUUGUGUAUUUGAUAAACUGUCUCUUGCCCUUUGAGGACAGAAAUGUUCAAAAGCUUCAUAAAAGUACAUUAAAAAGAGCAAUUACUGCCAACAUUUUCUCUUAAACUAGUUGGCAAUUGCAGAUUGAUUAAUGACAGGAAAAGUUUCUCUUCUAGGUGAUGCAUACAAGAUGAACAGAGUACUUCUCCCAUGUUUUUAUGUUGAAUGAAUAGUAUUUUUUUCCCUCCAUGCAGUCACUGUGUCCUGACGCAGCUCCACUAGGAAUAACCAUGCUUCAGGUAUCACUUACCUAAAAGUGAUUAGAAGCAACACUUGCUCUUUGGGUUAAAAAGUCGGAAUGAAAGACUGGUGUUUUGCUUAAGUUGCAGACUUUCUUUCAUUUUUCAAAUGAUUUUUUUAAACCUGCUGUAGCUGGUAGACUGAUCCUCUAUUCUGUGUUUUUUGUCAAACCCCAGUUGUAUGGAUGAAGGUUCAUAUGUUUUCUUGUGUCUCUGGCUUAGGUACAAAUGAGUCAACUCAAAGCAUCAGACUAGAAGAUUUUUAUCUGUACACUUUAUCUCUAAAACUUUUAAUGUGUAUUAGGCUUUCCUUUCAUUUAUAAGUGCCAACU